AUGGAUCGUGGCCUUUCAACAGGCACCGACUCUGGGAAUGAGGGACUCCGUGAGAGGACUGUGCCACCCCAGUCCAAUUCCGCGCUCAGUCCAGAGGCUCUCAUGGCCACCGGUGACGUGGAGCCUAAGGACGAGAUUGGGAGGGACUCAAAGACGUAUGGCCGAACGCCAGAUGGCACAGUGUUCACGGUCCCUCAAACCCAUGACAUGGUCUCUCAACUCCUGUCACCCUCGGAGCCUAAAAAUCUUUCCGAUAUGAUCGUUCUGGCUAUCCUAGGCGUCCAUAUCAUUCUUCUCCGGUGGCUUCCUGAAGCUGCCAGAGUACCCAUCUUUGCGAUGAUCUAUCUUUUCUGGCGUGCCGCUUAUAACGCUGGAAUUGGAUGGCUUCUCCAUAACCAGUCGAACCACAAUACCCUUGUUCGCUGGGCAGAGAAGACUAAGAUCUUCGUGGAUCCCACUACGGGCCAGAAUCCACACCCCGGCCUGUACAGUUUGAUCAAACGAGAGUUGGAAACUAAAAUUCCUAGGGACUAUUCCUUUGAGAAGGCUCCUAUUGAGUACAAUACGUGGCUCGUCUUUAGGCGUCUGGUGGAUUUGAUCUUGAUGUGUGACUUCGUGUCAUACUGUCUCUUUGCUAUAACAUGUAGCCACCAUCCUGCUAAUGAGAGCGUGCUGAUGACUGCCCUGCGGUGGUCAGCCGGCGUUGUUCUGGUUCUGUUCAACCUUUGGGUCAAGCUAGAUGCUCAUCGAGUGGUAAAAGACUUUGCAUGGUACUGGGGGGAUUUCUUCUAUCUAAUUGACCAAGAAUUAACCUUUGAUGGUGUCUUUGAGAUGGCUCCUCACCCAAUGUAUUCGGUCGGCUAUGCUGGAUACUACGGUAUCUCGCUCAUGGCAGCAAGUUACAAGGUGCUGUUCAUCUCGAUUCUCGCCCAUGCAGCUCAGUUCGCGUUCCUGGUGCUUGUCGAAAAUCCACAUAUCGACAAGACCUACAAUCCUCCUCCCCCUCGGAAACGUAUGACGGACCAAGACGCCCAAUCCACAACAUCACAGUCUGCAGAUUCAUCCAUCGCGCCAGCAUCUGUUGAUGAGCAAAUUCCCCACGCGCCAGUCUAUGCAAGCGGCCCACCUCCAUCGGUCCACAACAUGCUGGGGUUCCGCUAUUUCGAUCUGCAUCGGACGACAGAUUCCUCGUCCAUGCUGGUCCAAUUUCUCGUAUUCGCCCUUACUAUCCUGACUCCCUCAACCCCGUGGUAUCAGUUCCUUUUUGUAGCUAACGCUACAAUAUGGAGACUCUGGUACUCGAUUGGUAUUGGGCACCUUCUUAAUCGCCAAUCGAACCGGAAAUCUUGGACCCGGCACUUCGUUAAAUAUGGGGAAACUCCCCAGGAGGCAUGGAGCCAGUGGAAAGGUACAUAUCAUCUCAGCAUGAUCACGUGUUAUACCAGCUUUAUUGCUGCCGUAUGGAAAAUGUAUACUUUCCCGGCGGAUUGGGGCUACGGCCUUGUCCUGCUCCGGCACAUUCUGGGUGCGGGCCUUAUAAGUUUGCAGAUUUGGACUUCUGUCAGCAUCUACGAGUCCCUCGGUGAGUUCGGUUGGUUUUAUGGGGACUUCUUCUUUGACGAAGCCCCCAAACUGACAUAUAACGGCAUUUACCGCUUCCUGAACAAUCCCGAACGUGUUCUGGGUCUAGCGGGUGUUUGGGGUGCUGUUCUCAUUACGAGCAGCGGUGCCAUCACUUUCCUUGCCCUCUUGAGUCAUAUUUUGAGUCUGGCCUUUAUUCAACUCGUUGAGCGCCCGCAUAUGCAAAAGUUGUAUGGCCGAAGCCUACGGCAGGAUGCGGGUCUUGUUAAGAGCUUGAAGCGGUCUUUACCUCCUUCUCUGCAGCAACUUCAUGGCAGCGUCGACAAAAUCUUUGAUGAGUCGUUCGAGUUUAUCGAAGAGAUUAUUGAUACUGCUCGUCCGAAACUCGCAGCUGGUGUCAACACUUUUGUUAAAGACACAACUGCCCUGUUCCAGAGCUAUCCAGCACGUGUCACCAUCUCUCGCAUUGACGAAGACCUGGCUGGAUAUGACUCUCGUGACUACUCGUUGGAAAUCGAAGGUACCGACUCGUCAUCUUUGGCUGAAUAUGACGGAAGUCGCGACAGGGAGGGAGCCAACGCCCGUAUGCCUCUCGACAGACGGGGUGACUUAAAAAACCUGGUUUUCGAAUAUGGUGCACCGGUCAAGGUCAAAUGGACUGCGCCUCUCAACCAUAGUAAGAAGGAUUGGGUUGGACUGUACAGGGUUACCGAUAACACCUCUCGGGAGGUGACCCGCGUUUCCUCCCAAGGAAGAUGGAUUGCCUCAAACGAAGGGUUCUACGAUAACACAACGUGUGAGAAAGGGAUCGUCACGAGUGACGUCGUUGCCCCUUCACAGCGUCAGGAUGGCGACGGUCACGACCUUGCUACAGGAGAAGUAGCCUUUUCCGGUGACAAGCUUUUCUGGACUCAAGGCACCUUUGAGUUCCGCUACCAUCACAACGGCAAACACAAUGUCAUGGCGAUUUCGAGGCCUUUUGAGAUUCGCAUCCGCCGGUUUGACGAAGAUCUACUCGAAGACGACCGUGGCAUGACCCAGACUUCCGUGGAAAAGAGCUUAUUGCCCGUUGUUCGCAACUGCUUCGACCGAGACCCAGAGAUUGCACCGGAAACCUCGGAGGAACAAUUUGGUUCGCUGGUUGAUCGCGAUGGUAAAUACGCUAAGCGAGUAAUCUUUGCCGUUCACCAGAUGUUCGGUGUCGAAUUUGCACCGGAGGUUGUUCGAGCUGAUGGAACGAUUCGCAACCUUGCCUGGAGAAUAUGCAAUGCAAAGAGAGUUCUUGCCCCUUACAGCAUGUCACGAAAUGGUACAUCAACACCAACUGAACAAAAAGAGUAA